AUGGCAGAUGAGAGGAGCCGUCUUCGCUCUUACUCCAUUACACCCGCCUGCCUUCAUGUCUCGGGAGUCGGCACCGCUCCGCGGACACUGGGGAAGCGCCUGCUUCUGCCCCCCAGCCCCGAGGCAUCUCCCCCCGCCGAAGAACGGCGGCACGCUCCCGACCGAGCUGGGAACCAAGCUUAUUUCCCACGGAGCUUCACGAUAUCGAAGAAAGAGCCCAAGCCGCGUCCCAUCCCGUUAAAGGUCUCUGUCUUCUCGCCGCCCCUCCUCGCUGCCUCACGCUCCCGGGAAGGCGGCGCCGAUCCCCUCAGUCCCUCUGCGGCGAGGCGCGACCCCCUCUGCUCUCACGGUGAGGGCUGCGGCUGCAUCUCGGCCCAUCUGUCUCCCCCGCCGGGCGGGCUCCACCGCGCACCCCCGGCCCCCCACCACAGAAACGACACCACCCCCGGCCACCCCGACAAAGGUGGGGCCCGGAGCGCGGGGCGGCGGGAGGCGAGGCCCCUCCUCGGCGGCUCCAGCCGCGAAGGCACCCGGCUCGCCUCCGCGGGCGAGAGCGCGGCGGAGGCCCUUCCUCACGCCUGGGGAAGGCGCUCCUCCUCCUCCGCCUGCCUCCCUCCCCGACUUUCUACAGCGCCAGGCAGGCAGCCCCCGGCCCGGCCCGGCCUCCUCCCUCAGGUCUCCGCUCGCCGCCGGGGGGGGCGAACGAGGCGCAGCUCGCCUGGCGAACGGCUCAGCCACUCCGCGCUGCCAGCGCCUCCCCCCCCUCGGUCGCCGGCGAGGGGCAGCUCCGCGCCGCUCCGCCUCCUUCCCGUGCCCGCCGCCGGCUGCGGGCGGGAGCCGAGGGCCGGAGGUCCGCCGCCACCGCCCCGCCGCGGCUCGCGCCCCCUCCCGCCCGCCGGCACCAACGGCUCCGCCGGCUCCAGACACAAAGGGGAGUCGCUCCAACUGCCAGUCUGGGCGCCCGGGCCGCCGCGCCACGCCCCCCGCCGGACAGGCCACGCCCCGCACCCGCCGUCAGUGGCGGGGCCGGGCGCCGCCACGCCCCCUGUCCGCCGCGCCCCUGACCAUAGAGGUGGGCCUCCAGGGCCUGAGAUUGCAUCAGUUUUGAACUCCACGGCCUUCCUUUCAAAACCCCCGAAGCUUCUGCCUUGUCCUCUGCCUCAGGCCCCUGUUGAGCUCCACGACAAGCCCCGGCAGUGCUGCUGCUCCUCUCUCCCGUAGCGAGCCACCCCUGCGUUACGCGAGCUUCGCAGGCAAGUCCACCCAGCUCAUACGGCUUCAGCCGCCUGACUCUCCCAAGCAAAACCAUUAUCUGCCUCUUAAAUUAAAGAGGUUUUAUGAUUUCAAAACAAAGAUAUAGUCAACCCGCUGAGCUGUUUGUAUGCUUUAACCUUUGCUGUAUUGCACAGGACCAAAGAGAUAAUUGAGGCUAGCAGCUGAUGGGAGAAGUGGGACUGGAAUGUAGCGUCUGAUGUUCUGGCCUAGCAAGGCUCUUUCAAACAAGUUUUACUGGGUGUAGUGUAGAAAAAACGUUCUUAAAAACAUCCUGCACACCGAAGGCGCCUUCAUAUCCAGGCUUCUCCCAAGUGUCGAUAUGGGAAGUGCUUCCCCUGUGCCUAGAUUGCUACACCGGUUUCAAGAAUGGGGUACAAGGAAUACAAAUUUAAAAAUCCAAUUUCACACCUCAAAAUAUGAAAUACUGCUACAUGAAAUGGUGUAGUCGUAAAUCAGAGUUACGAUUUUAAUGGUAAUAAAAGGCUUCUGUGUAACUCCAUUCCUCUUCACAAGCCGUAACAGGUGAGAUAGAUGUAAUCCAAUUCUUGCAUCAUCAAGAGAAUUAUUAAAUAAAUUCUAAUAGGAUUUUUAUCAUUGUGAUGCUUUGGCCAGAGAUAUAGUUCGACAUUCCUAGGGUUUAUGUGGCUAAUAGUUAUAAAAAUGUUUUAGAAGUUUGUUACAAUAUCUUUACUUCCAAUCUAUGCAGAUCUAACAUGGAUAGUGCUGAGAGACAAUAAAAUACAGACUCCCAGAUUGUAAUUUGUAUUGCCACUUUCCAGAACUGCAACCACAUGUUAACCACAGCAUCCUUCCUGUUAUUUGUGGAAUUUGAACUGUCAAGAAAUAACCUUUAGAAUUGAAAAAACAAAACCAAAAAAACCCUCCAAUGACGAGCAGAGUAGUUUUACCUCUAAGGUAGGAAAAAAAAAAAACCCCAACAGUGAGUAUUUUUUGUGGGCCCAAAGUGCAGUGUUCUUUUCUGGUUCAGCAAAGACAUCAAACUAUGCAGCAUACCUUCUGCCCUGCUGUACCUACCAAUAAAAGAAGUGACAUCUACUUUGUUCACAGAAAACACGAACCGAACUGUGUGGGUUGCACAGCACUUUCGCUGUUCAGAUGGUAAAAGAAAAUUACUGUAAUUGUUUAUGAAGUGUAUCAAAGCCUGCUCAGCCUGAAGUAAAUGACAGAAGUCUUGCUUGUUUUAAUGGUUCUAGUUUUGGCUCAUUAAUUAAUACCGAGAGUUCUUGUCCACAAGAAAUUGUACAGAACUGAUAUGCUGCCUGAAAAUACUUACUUUCUUUUUGCUCUCUACAAAAUAGAUUGGAUUUUUGUUCUGUUUUCCUAGAAAGAAGGAACAAGACAUGCCAUUUUUAACACAAUUACUUCCUCUCAGUUUCACAAAAACCCAGAUCCUGAUCAAGAAAACACCCUUGUGAAGGCCAUGGGGCUCUGGAUCUGCUUCUCCUGAGCUUACACCAGUUCCUUGGAUUAAUCUCCCAGACUUGCAAUCCCAGCAGUUAGCUCGAUUUUGUCAUCCUUCCUUACCCUAUUCUGAAUUUCGCACAAGCCUUUCUCCUCAAGGGCCGGGUCCCUCCUAGCCCCAUGCGACUGUCAGGCUGCGAAGGGCCCCUGGCUGGGCGCCAGUGCCAGGCUGCAGAGCUGGAGCCGCUGCACCCCUGUCUCCGGAGCUGGCAGGGCCAAGGAGGGGCUGACCCCCUCUUCACCACACAGAUGUAGGAAGUAAUCGCUGCUGUCUAAGCACAGAAGCAGCUUCCUUUUCCCACGGUGGUGGGAGGAAACCAGAGAUCUAAACUGUCACAGGCUCACUCAUUGUUAUAUGCUUGGACAAGAACAUGUUUAUAAUUCUUUCUAUGGUUUUUGUUUAUCUGUAAGCUAGGAUUUCACUAGCCUAAUAUUCAGCAAUGUCAACUAAGACCCACUUGGGGUAAUGAAAACUUGCAGAGCUGUAGCACAGUAAAUCCAUGGUGCAGGUUCAGGUAAGGGUAGGGGGGGAGACGAGAAAAUGUGUAAAACUUACCAAGAUUUAAAAGAAAAUAUUCUGACUGAAGCACUCUUAUUUCCACCAGAAAGAACUUCACCCAAUAAAACAACAAUAUUGACCUUAACAGAGACAAGACACUUACUUAAAAACUAGAAUGAGGAGAAAAGACCUUCCGAAAUAGAUGCUUUUUAGCAGCUGCGUUCGCUGUUCUUGCAGUCAGGCAGGGGCCAGGCUGUGCCUGGACGGCAGCCACGGGGCAGGGGGCAAGGAGGACGGUGGCCAAGGAGCAGGCUACUGUGGCCACAAGCUCCCCGAGAUGUCAUUCGGAUGAGCGCCAAGUCCACGGCAGGGCACACGUGUCUUGCCUUUGGGCAAGGGAGCUCUGAACGACACCUCCGUGUGCAGCACGCGGGGGCUGCCCCUGUGCUUAAGUGAGGCACUGAGGUGAGAAAUAAGGCUGAUCUGCAUCUCGGAUGUUUCCCGCUGUUGGUCAUACUGAUGCAGACACAAACAUGUUGAUAACAGUUGCAAAUUCAAUGCUGUACAGAAGUGAAAUUAAUUAAACAUGUCCUUGUUAGCAGCAUCUCCUUUAAACAGCACAAGCUUAUUUUUAAUUACCUGGAAUAAGGAAAACUAUGGAAUACAUUCUUGGAAGCAUGAAAAAUCAGUGGAAAAUAAAAUGAACAAAGCACAAAGAAAACCAAAAUGAACUGCCAAACAAUAGCUUGAGCCCUGUUUCUUUUUUAGAAAGUGCAAUUUUCAGGCACUUUAAAAAGAUUUCUCAGGAUAGGUUCACUGUUGUCCAAGAGUUUUUUAGCACUGACGCAAUGUAACUGUUAUCAUUGUUAGGACUCGGGGGAUGGUUCUUUUUGACAGGGCCUUUCGUGAAGUCAACAAAUCAGUUUAAAACAAGCCAUAAAUUAUAUUUAGCUGCCCAUCAGCUUGGCCAGAGUCUUCUCUCAGUGCUGUUGAAAGCGUUGGGGAAAGAGGAUAACGUGGCACAAUGUUUACUUUUUAGGGGAUAUUUUGUUCCUAAUUUAAAAACAAAGCAUCCCCAUAGCAUUGACUCUGAUGCAUAAACAUACGUUAAAACAGCAAGGAAGAUUUUCACAGACUUUCCUGCAAAUAAACACCCUCAUUCUAUCCUAAGUAAUAUCUUAAUAAAUAAUGGAUUUGGUACAGGUCUCCACCACGAAUGCCUGCCACUCAUUGCUAAAUUAGGGAUCUGUCAGCAAGAUCAUCUCCCCAAUCUCGCCUCCUGUAACAGUACGUGGAGAGAGAGAGGUGGUUCCUGAUAGCUAGGAUCCAAGCCUUAUAUAGCUCUCUAGAUUAUUAUUAACAUCCUGAACUGCAGCCAGAACGAACUGAAAAGACAAUACUGUCUACUUACAGUCUGCUGAGUUAGCAGCUAAAGCUUCAGCCAGUGCAGCCAAACAAGUAAUCACAUGCAGACAUUGUUACCCUUGGAAGUAUUCAGUUACUUAUGUUAUAUAGAUUUUCCCAUCAGUGUCAAAUCCGGGGUGUCAUGCAAAGGCAUUAAUGCCCCCUCGUAAGUCCCCUUGGAGUUAGUGGUUGGGAUUGCGAGGGUGGCUGUGGGAAGACCAUAGUUACGGGGAAGCAGGCACAUGAUCUUCAGAAAGAAAAAUAGUGAAUCCUCUGAGGACUUCAAAAGCAACCUGUACCCAAAAAUACCUUUCUUCAGCAUGGGCAUGUUUCCUUGGGAAAGGCACCCUGCCCCUCAGAGCCUUCCCGCAACCCAUCAGCAUCACUUCCACAUUGCCUGAAUUACUGGCAUUUUAUUGCUCCUUUUCCAGGGCUCGGCUUCAUCUUGGGAAAACAGAUUCCACAAAAGAGGGACGGAGAGACAUCAAGCUGUGACUGAAGACCUGGAAAAGUCCUUUGUGGGGCAAAGUCAAUUCCUUUCU